AUAUAUAUACACAUAUAUAUAUAUAUGUUAACACCAAUAUAGAGAGAGAAAAAUCCAGUAUACAAAGCAAGUGCUAAAACUAAAGAAGGUUAUAUUAUAAAGGAAAACUUAAAACUAAGUGAUUUUUAAAUCCAAAACGCAAAUAUCCAUUCUAAAAUUCGACUCUCAAAUCCGCAACAGUGAUGAUCCAAGAUAGAGGGAAAAUUCCUGGAUACAAUCCUUAAAUCACAGAAAGCAAUCCUGAAAACUCCCAAACAGUAUUUGAAAAAUCGGAAGCAAGGUAAAAUAUCAAAAAGUAAUUAUCAUCAAUAAGAGUUAAACCAAACCAAACGAAACCCGACACAAAGUGAACUCUGUUUUCACAAAAUCCCUCCAAUACACAGGUAUAUACCCAUUAAACACAUACACACGUCAACUCCAUCACUUCCUUUGAGGAAAGAAAAAGAAAAAAGCUACACAAAAGCUGAAAUCAAACCAGUACCAAUGUUAGGCCAUGAAGAAACAGAACGUACGGACUUUGUCGCUAAUAGUUUGCACCUUCACAUAUCUCUUGGUCGGUGCUGCAGUCUUCGAUGCGUUGGAAUCUGAAUAUGAGAAUGAGAUGAAACGCAAACUUCAGAGCGAAGAGUCCAGGCUGCUACACAAAUACAAUAUCUCAUCGGAGGAUUUCCGCGUUCUUACUCGGAACGUUAUUAAAUCUGUACCAUUAAAGGCAGGUAUACAGUGGAAGUUUGCUGGAGCAUUUUACUUUGCUACCACUGUCAUCACAACGAUAGGUUACGGCCACAGUACUCCUCAAACAGUUGGUGGGAAGAUUUUCUGUAUGUUUUACGCUCUUGUAGGAAUCCCUUUGUGUAUCAUAAUGUUCCAAAGCGUCGGUGAACGGUUGAACACAUUCGUGACAUUUUUAUUAAAGCAGAUGAAGAAAUGCUUUAAAAUGAAGAAUGCGGAUGUAUCUCAAACCAAUUUGAUUUUGGUUGCAAUGAACCUAUCAGUCAUAGUUCUAACCACAGGAGCUGCGGCAUUCUCUUAUUAUGAAAGCUGGGAGUACAUCAAUUCUUUUUAUUAUUGUUUUAUUACGUUGACAACCAUAGGGUUUGGGGACUUUGUUGCUUUACAAAAACGAUCAGCAUUACAAAACCAACCUCAGUAUGUUAUUUUUAGUCUCAUUUUUAUACUUUUUGGGCUGGCUGUCAUUUCGGCAGCCAUGAACUUACUAGUUCUUCGAUUCUUAACAAUGAACACUGAGGAUGAACGUAGAGAGGAACUUGAGGCCGCAGUAGCGGCUCAAGGGGCCGUCCGACUGGAUGGGGACAUUAUAACAGCCAAUGGCAGUGUCGUGUCAGGUGCACAAGAGAGUCCAGAGUUAAAUGACCUUACUAGUGUUUGCUCAUGCUCUUGUUACAAUUUAAGGGGACAUAAAGAAAAACCACGAUAUAAAGUCACAAGGGCACCAGGACGAAUCUCACACCUGCUCCCAAUGCAAUCAGUAACGAAUCGAUCACGUGAAAACUCUCACACAGACAUUGAAGACACAAACUCGUUUCUGCAACACCACUUCCUACAUAGGAAACGUGCCUCGAUUUGAUAAUUAUUUUAAAAAAUUAAAAAUUUUAAAUUACUAUAUGUGAAAAUAUAUAAAAAUAUAUGUGUGUGUGUAUAUAUAUUAAUAUAUAUAUAACUAAAGAUAUACAUACACACACACAUAUAUAUACAUACAUAUAGACACAUGAAAAAAUUCAUAUAUAUACACAUACAUAUAUUUAUAUAUACCUAUGUAUGUAUUUAUGCAUGAGUAUAUUGGUGAUUCCCAUAGUCUAUUGGGUCAUUGUUGGGGCACUUGUGGAGACUUAGUCUUCAAGCAAUGUGUCUAGGGCAAACUAGCCCUAUCCUUCUCCUAGCUAUUUCUACCUAUGGUGGGUUUUGAACUCAGCAC